AUGGUUGUCGGCUCUGUCCUCGUCACCGGUGGCACCGGCUACAUUGGCUCUUUCACCGCCCUUGCUCUGCUUGAGGCCGACUACAAGGUUGUCAUCGUCGACAACCUGUACAACUCGUCCGAGGAGGUCGUCAACCGCAUCGAGUUGAUCUCGGGCAAGCGCCCUCUCUUCUACAAGGUCGACAUCACCGACGAGGCCGCCUUGGACAAGGUUUUCUCCGAGCACCCCGACAUCGACAAUGUCAUCCACUUUGCCGCUCUCAAGGCUGUCGGAGAGUCCGGCGAGAUCCCCCUCGAGUACUACCGUGUCAACGUCCAGGGCAGUCUGACUCUGCUCCGCUCCAUGUCCAAGCACGAUGUCACCAACAUUGUCUUCUCGUCCUCGGCGACCGUCUAUGGCGACGCAACGAGGGUUCCCAACAUGAUCCCCAUCCCCGAGCACUGCCCCAUUGGCCCGACCAACACCUACGGCCGCACCAAGUCGACUGUUGAGGCCAUGAUCACCGACCACAUCGAAGCCGAGCGCAACAAGGCGAAGAAGGCGGGCAAGAACGGCGAUAAGUUCAAUGGCGCUCUGCUGCGCUACUUCAACCCCGCUGGUGCGCACCCUAGCGGUAUCAUGGGCGAGAACCCUCUGGGUGUCCCCUACAACCUCCUUCCUCUCCUUGCGCAGGUCGCGAUUGGAAAGAGGGAGAAGCUGCUUGUGUUCGGCGAUGACUACGCCUCGAAGGACGGCACUGCCAUCCGUGACUACAUUCACGUUCUUGACCUCGCCAAGGGUCACCUCGUCGCGCUGAACUACCUGCGCGAGCACAACCCUGGUGUCAAGGCAUGGAACCUGGGCACUGGCAAGGGCUCGACUGUGUUCGAGAUGGUCAAGGCCUUUAGCAAGGUCGUCGGCCGUGACCUGCCCUACCAGGUCGUCGAGCGCCGCCAGGGUGAUGUGCUGGACCUUACGGCCAACCCCACCCUCGCAAACAAGGAGCUCAACUGGAAGACGGAGCUUACGCUGGAGGAUGCCUGCCAGGACCUGUGGAAGUGGACGGAGAACAACCCCGAGGGCUACUUCCAGCAGCCCCCGGCGGAGUUCGUCGAGAAGCUCAAGGCCUCGAAGGCUUAG